CGGGUGUCACUGCGGGGGCCUAGGUCUGGGCGCGGUUGGCCCUCCGCGGGGGGCGGGGGGUCCCGGUCCCCGCGGGAAGGACGAACUCGCGGGCGGGGCGGGGCGGGGCCUGCGGUGAGGUCACGCGCGAUGGGCGGUUCUGCCGCGGGGCGGCGGCGCGGCGUGGGCACUGCUGGGCUCAAGGACUGACGCACUGUCAGACCCGGGCUCGCAGGGCCGGCGAGGGGGCUAUAGCGCCUCCAGUCGACCAGGAGCUCCCAGAGGGCAGGGGGUUGUCCCACCCUCUCUGUGCCCUGCCCCAGCCCUGGCCUGAGUUGAAUCGAAGACCAGCUGCUCUCCACUUCCCUGCUCCCACUCUGCCCUCUCACCUCCGGCCAUGGUGCCCCUGUUCGCCCUGUUCCUGGUGGCCUUGGUGGGCCUACCUGUGGCCCAGGCUCUGGACUGCCACGUGUGUGCCUACAAUGGCGAGAACUGCUUCAACCCCAUGCGCUGCCCGGCCAUGGUCACCUACUGCAUGACCACGCGCACUUACUACACCCCGACCAGGAUGAAGGUGAGCAAGUCGUGCGUGCCCAGCUGCUUUGAGACCGUGUACGAUGGCUACUCCAAGCACGCGUCCACCACUUCCUGCUGCCAGUACGACCUCUGUAACGGUGCUGGCCUUGCAGCCCCUGCAACCCUGGCCCCUGUACUCCUGGCCACCCUCUGGGGUCUGCUCUAAAGCCCCGUCCCGCCCUCCACAGACUCACUCAAGGGCAAAGUGCUGAGCAGCACGGUCCCACCCUCUCCCCCUGCGCACCCCCUCUCUGCCCUCCCCCGACCCCCCCCCCCCCAGCCACAUCCAGGAAUGUCUGCAAGAGGACUCUUGACCUCCUCCAGCUACCCGGGGGUCUGCUUCCAGGUCAUGACCUGUUGUUUUCAGAAGGCCGAUGUGGGACCACACCUCCCAAGGCAUCUGGCUUUGACGGGGCAGCUCAGCCCCCUCCUCUGUCCAAGGAUGGGGGUGUGGGCACGGUGUGCUGUUUAUGGGGGAUCUUCAGUUGGCCGGUGAACACUGACGUGAAGGGGACCUCUGCGUCUGCCCUGUAAGUGUGCUGGAGGGGGAGGGGAGAUUAGGGACCCAGGGGGUGGGGAACAGUCCUAGGAAGAAGGCUCUCCAGGGUCCUAGGAGGGCUGCCCAGGGCAGGUGUGGCAUGGCAGGCCGAUCGGGGAAGCCCUGUGCCCCCCGCCCCCCGUCGGCCGUCCCCUCGUGUCUAGGCAGCCCUUGGCAGGGGAGGAAGUGGUUCAGCCUAAAGAGGCCCGUUAGGCCCCUCCAGACCCGGCGCUGGGCCCCUGCGCAAGGCCUGAGCCUGGAGA